UGCUUGACGCUGGGUGUCUUCCCUGGUGGAGCUUCAGUAUUUACAACAAUAUUGUCUGUAGCCUAUCCGACGCUGCUGUCUAUCACAGACAGACAGGGAGCCAAACCGUCGCUGGAACAGCUUUCCGGUUUUUCCUCUGCUUUACGAUGGCUGUCGGCUCCAGUUAGGACUUCUUUUGUGCAUUUUGGAAAUAUUUCCUAUAAUGUUGGCGAGUGAUAUCCGUCUACCUUGUGCACUGCAGUGGUGCGCAGCUUCGCCUGGAGCAACACCUGUGCGCCUCUCCUCUUCCUCUCCUCUGGCCACAGUCAGGAAUGUUGAGUAGAGAACACAUUACCCUAAGGCUCGGUGUCUGUCUGCGUUUAUCUGAAAGAACAAGAGAGGGAGCAGCACAAAUACAGCACAGCCAGACAUCAUGCAAGGAGAAACCUUCCCUCAUUGUAGAGUGCUGAAAUGUUAGGAUCGACGAGCGUGUGUGUCGGAUCAAAUCAGCAGACUGUUUACCAUAGGGGGGGCAAUAAGAGCUGCUUGACAUUAGACUCACUCACGCCCUGUGUGAGGUUCAAAGCCCCUUUAAAUCACGAUCAAGAAAAGACGCGUUAACUGAUCUCUCAUCAGCAAGCCCCCCCCCCCGUCAGAUUCAGCAAUCCGGAAACAAGCCAAGAUGGAGUGGUCACUAGACAAUGUAAGGGAGAUGGUGGCUGGAGGGAUGCAGUCUAUAAGGGAGUGUGAGAUCUGUGCUUUUGCCAUAGCCGUGUGUGUGCUGCUGCUGUUUAUGUGGUAUUGUUACAGGGUUGGCCGGGAGCAUGGCUCCAGCCCUCUGCGUGGGAGGUAUCUGGCUGGGCCCAGCCGAAUUGGAGGGGUGGUGGGGGGCUUCAUGAGCUCAGACUGUCGUGGCAGGGGGAAAGGAAAGCGUGGAUCAAUGCUAGAAGAGCAGAACGGCUUCGCUUUCUGCCAGUCGUCCGAGUGCUUCCGAUGUACUAGCGCCGGAGAGAGUCUGAACCAGAGGCUCUACCACAGCCUGCAGGAUUACGCCAAGCGCUACACCUGGUCAGGUAUGGGCAGGGUGCAUAAAGGAGUCCGUGAUCAAGGCCGAUACCUUAACAGCAGACCAACCAUCCAGCGGCCAGAGGUCUUCUUCCUCCCAGACCUACCGUCAGCCCCUUUCUUCUCCAGGGAAGUACAGAGACACGACGUGGAGUUACUGGAGCAGAGCUUCCCCGCCCUUCUGGCCGAGUUUGAGAGCAUCUACCACCAACCUCCAGCACGCAGCGGCUCCUCCCUGCCGCCGGGUUGGAAAGCCAAUAACACUCCUCGCGGGCAGUGGUGGACAUACUACCUGGUAAACCAAGGCACUCCUCUGGUUCUCAAUGUCAGGAGGUGUCCACGGGCCUGGAGGGUGCUGGGCCAGCUGCGCACCUUCAUCGCCAACAACGUGUUCGGAAACGCCUGCUUCUCUGUGCUGACGCCUGGGGCUCUGAUCACUGAGCAUUACGGUCCGACAAAUGUCAGGCUGCGCUGCCACCUGGGUCUCAGAGUGCCCCCUUCCUGUGAGCUUGUAGUUGGUGGAGAGCCACAGUGCUGGUCUGAGGGCAGCUGUCUGCUUUUUGAUGACUCCUUUCUGCACCGGGCCUUCCACGAGGGUGGCGCAGAAGAUGGCCCCAGGGUGGUCUUCAUGGUGGAUCUCUGGCACCCCAACGUGGCCGCCGCUGAGAGACAAGCCUUGGACUACAUUUUUACUCCAGGCCGUUUAGAGGACAAGGAAGGGAAAUAGGUGUGAGUGAGAAACCAUGUCUGACAGAGAGACAUAUGGCAUUUAGGGAAGUGUCUGUAGGAUUGGGGAGCAACUCUUUUUCUGCUUUCAGACCAGUUCACACAUUCACUGUGUACAUAUUCUUCGUCUUAUACAGUAACUCUCAUAAUUCUUCUUAGCAGAUGACCAAACAUUGGGCCUCUUUUAUCAAUCAUAUUCGUGUUCAGUUGAGCCUGUAUAGCUGUGUAAAAGACAACCACCCCCUUGAAAGUAACUACUUAUAUUCUCCAAAACUUAGUAGCACGAUUGUUUUUGCAGGCAUUUCAUUUUUAUAAAUGCGUAUUAACAUCCUGGCAGGGACAUUUCAGCUUAUUUGUUGUUGUUUUAUUUUAUUUUGAAUCUUUGAAUGUUCUUUGCAUUAAUGAAUGAGUGAGUUACUGAACAGUAAAAAUUCACUGUUUCACAGCAUGUAUGGGUCCAUAGGCUAACCUAUUCUAUUAGCAGUACAUGAACUGGAGUCAGUAAACAUUUAUGGGCCCCAAAAGCUUCCUAACAGUUUCAAAAGAUUUGGUGUCAAGUAUCGGUGGUAUUACUGUACACUAACUUAACUUUAUUAUUUUAAGGGCUAAACAAUUUAAUCAUUCAACUUUUUUAUAUUACUCAACAUAUAUGGUUACCUUUGAAUUGUUGAUUCAAACCGAAACAUGAUUGUAAGUGGGUUUGCACAUUUUUCAUUUCUACAACACCCACUUACAAAUGUGGGACUGUUUUACACUUUGGACUGUUUAAAUUGUCAUGAAUGAGUGAUACAUCUCAUGCUUGCAGAAUGGUGACAUAUGUUCAGUGAUUGUAGUGCUUAUUUGCAUCAAAUCACAGCUAAAGUCAAGCUAAAGCUAAAGGAUAGUUGAUUCAGUGCUGGAGGAUUUUAGGCAUAUACUGUUCAAAAGGUUUUCAUUAACACAUUAGACCAGAUAAGAAAAAGGGGUUACAUUUUAGUUGAAGUUAUCUACAUAAAAAUGACAUGACAUUGUCAUGAACGUGUCAUAAACAUUAUAAACAAGUCAUAAACAAUGAUAUAAUGCUGCUUUUAACAAGUGUCAUUCUGUUUUGUUAUGAUAAGUUAUGGUUAGGGUUAAGGUUAGGGCUCACGUGUCAUGACAGUGUCAUGUCACUUUUUUGUAGAUACCUUCAAGUAAAGUGUUGCCGAAAAAAGUAUAGCUUCAUAUUUGCUUUACAAAUACGGAUUAAAGCUAUAGUGCGUAGUUUCUGACUCCGCCAUGAGAAAUUCUAUGUAAUGACAACAAAAAUGAUGGCACAUCCACAUGAUACAAGCCUUCCGUGAUCGUGUUUCACCCCCACCCCUCCUCCACACAGUUGCUAGUAGCCAAGGAGGACACGGAGGAUUAAGCUGAUAGUCUUUAUUAGCUUUGUAGCAACUCAUUUGACAAUGGUCUGAAUGUAACGGACGUUCAGUAUUAUCAAAAAACUAAACACUAACACUAAAGCUUUUUUGAUAAAGAAGCAAAUUCUGUAAAUGUCAUUUUAGUUGCUGACAGUGUACACAAUUAGGGUUUUAUGACUAUGAACAGUCAACUGUUCAUAGAUAUCUAAAUGAAAUGAAUUUCAGAAAGGGCUGUAGCAGUGUGAUAAUAUCUUAAGAAAAUAAUUAAUAACAGACAUUCUUCAUGUCAUCUAUCAUAUCUAUAUGUGCGUUUGAUAGAUAUGUGAUAACUGAGGUCCAAUGUUAAACAUGACAUGAAUGUUUACAGACGCAGCUAAUGUCAUGACCCCUGCCGGUGAGGUGGUUUAUUGUGCUCCACUUUGAAAAAAAUCUAUUCUGCUUUCACAAGACGUGGUUAGAUAAGCACAUUUUAGGUCAUAUUGUGUGAAUCAGCCUGUGCUUAACACUGGAGAUGAAGCGUUUUUGGUAAAUUUACUAAACUCUUGUAAUUUGGUUGUAUUUGAUAUCAGGUUUGUAUUUCUGUAAAUAGGGUUGUGGUAAAAAACCAACAAAAAAUGGUCUGAGAUGAUUGUCUUCAAAGCUAUAACUAUUGUGUCUUGAUUUGCAGCUAAAAGCGAUUGUAUUUUAUUCUCAAAAAGCCAAUCAUUUUGAUAGACUCAAUUUGUAGAUUCUGUAAAAUGUUUAUGAAGUACUAUCUCCGUUGUUCUGUGACUUAUUUAUUUUACCAUAUGGGAUCCAUUAUUAAAGCCACCAUACUUAAUUAGUCAACAACACUUCAUGGAUAUUAUGUGCUCAUGUGUAAAAGGUAGUGGAAAUUAAUCUUCAGCAGCUUUACAGGUCCACCGCAACUCAAGCUACCCACCUAUACAAUUCUAAUGUUUACAAAAUGAUUUACAAGCUGUUUACAACAUCAGACGACGCCGACUCUCACAUUGAGCUGUCCAUAAUUGGGUUUAAAAACAAGAGUGCUGUUAAUCCACUGAAGAGUUUGCUAUAAAGUAUAUGAUGGGGCAACCAUUUUGUUUACAUUAGGAUUAAGGAUUUGUCCUUAACACAUUCUAGUGUGGAUUUUGAACAGUAUUUCUGUACAUUUAAUAAAUGGUCGAGUGUCUUAUUUAA